ACAUAUAUCGGGUUUUGAGUCGCGGGACUAUGUUGUUUUGACGUCCGCUUUCCAAAUCAUCCCCCACGGUUGAUUGGUUGUCAUGUACUGGGCGCUAGCUAGCCUCAUCCCCUCUUUGCGAUGCAAGCUGACGGGCCGAGACCGACAGCAUUUAUGUAACGGCGUUUAGAGAGCCAACCAACCAGCUGCGGUGCAUCUUUUGUUUACUCCCAGUUUGAAAACCAAAGAGCUCGUAGUUGUCUUCGUUUGUGUUGUCGCCUGCUCCUGGUGGCUGUUUUCGUCUUCUGCGAUUCCCCGAAGCCGCCCAUGAACAAGCGUGGACAGCCGCCGCCAUUGAUAACUCGGGGGGAGACUGACAGGAAGCAUGGGGAGUGUGUUCCUGCCGGUGGACGCGGCCCACUCGGUGUUGCGGCGGCUGCCCAGGGCCAACUUCCUCCUGGAGGAGAUGAAGCAGGGCAACAUCCAAAGGGAGUGCCGCGAGGAAAUCUGCACCUACGAGGAGGCCCGCGAGGCUUUUGAAAAUGACGACAAGACGAGGCGCUUCUGGGAGGAAUACGUGCGCGAGAGCAGCCCUUCGGGAGGUUUGGAGUCGGUGGUGGGCGGCGUGCACUCCCUCUACCUGAUCGUGCCGCUGCUGACGGUGGUCUUCAUCGUGGUGGCUGUCGCUGUCAUUGUGUUUUGCUGCCAUUCCCGCAAGCGCUCGCAGCGCAGCCCCGGCCUGGCCCACUCUCACCACGACCACGUGCUGUCGGUGGUCUCCACGGACCACUGGGGGCGGGAUUAUCACCACGACGACCGCUCAGAACUCAGCGCCCACAGCAGCCCCGCGGGGUACCUGGGCGCAGAAGCGGCGUCCGCGCGGGGGAGCGCCGCCGACCGCCCGCCGUCGUACGAGGAGGCGGUGGGCCGCGCCGACGUCCAUGUGGAGACGGAGCCCCCGCCGCAGUACGAGGACAUCAUCAACACCAGCGGGAAGUAAACGGACCGCCGUUUUCGCAAUCCGAUGCAAUCUCUGCCAGCACUCAACAUUUGCACUUACUAACCUUUGGAGAGGAGGACCGAGCAAGUGAAUGCAGCAAAUACCAAAUGCAACAAACAUCUGUGCUGUCACGCUGUAGCAAGGUGAACUUCUCUUUAGGACAAAGUAGGAAAAACUAAAUGGUGAUUGCCACACCGAAGGAUCUUUCUCCAUGCUGUUGUACUCGUGUUUUACUGGAGAUCAGUGCCAAGUCUUUCAUGCUACUUUGCUCGCGCGGCUAGGAAACGACGGAACCGUGUGGCUUCAUCAGCUCGAUAAAGCCGCACUCAUUCAGGAAAGCAACAUCUCCAGCUAACUUGUACUUGCAGCAUCAUGCAUGGAAAGCCAUUUGAGCAUUUGUUCAGCAUCACACUCUUUGUCCAGCAAAGGUCUCUUUGUCCUCGCUAGUUUGAAAAUUUGGUGCACUCGUAACAUCUUUUUCCACUACUGUAUAAAAGUUCUGCACAGUAGUUGGACAUGUUCCUAAGUGAGGUAAAACAUAACUAGUUGACAGCCGCUUGCUGCUAAUACAACUAGCAAAAUUCCAUUCGCUAACAUCUAGUUCUUUUUCAACGAGUUUUUUGUUUUGCUUCACUGGUAACGUAGCUGUCCUACUAGGAUGCAGAAAAGUCAUGCAAAAAUUACGAGUAACAGAUGACUAGUCUCUCUGCAACUGUGUUGAAUAUAUUUACGAUUGAGAACAUGUAGUACACAAGUACGAAGAUAUCCAAUAAAUGCUGAAAUGACUUUCCAUACAUUACAGUCAGUAAUGAAAUUUGUUAUGCAAGGAAUUGGGACAUGAGGAACAGUUUCACACGUCAUAUACGUGUUGCCUCUUAGGUGAAGUUAAAUCGCCUUGCUCUGGUUUGUUGGCUUUUGACGCCACACUCAACUGUGAAAAUCUUCUCUGUGCCCCAAAGCUCCACACGUCGUUUGACAGCGCCUCGUUACACGCGCAGGAAAAUUGGAAACGAGGCAUUUGAGACGGAAGCUUUGGGGAAAACGUUCGCAGGGAAGAUUGUCGUCCAUUGUGGCAUGUGUCAAGUGUAUCUGUGUGUGUGUGUGUGUAUAUAUAUAUAUAUAUAAAUACUGUAUGUAUUGUUGGUGUGAAAGCCAGGUUCCAGUAAAAUUGCCUUUUACUGCAUACGAAUGCGUUAAUAUCCAUGGAACUAUUUUAGCUGAUAACUCAAAGAAGGCACUUGUAUGGAAGCUCACAAUGAGCCCUUUUGACAAAAUGUGUUUGGACUUUGUCAGUUCUAAUGUCAAAGUUAUCAAAUGUUCUUUUUAGUUUCGCAUGGUGUGAUGACAAUGGUCCAUUGAGAGGGAUUUGUACUGAGGCUAAAAUGUCUGCAUGAAUUUCACAUUUCAAAACGGCUUCAACCACAGGCGUCAAACUUGACGCUCAGUUUAUGUGGCCCACAACAGAUAAUCUUCUCGAGUUCCUGUUUCUUGCUAAAUGGAUUUGUGCUUUCCAUUUUGGCAUAAAAUAUGUAUUCAUGUGAAGUGGUUUUCGAAGCAUUUAUUUUCACCAAAUUUCCCCUCCUUCAAAUUGAACAAUCGUUUACUAAAAUAUUUGCUUGACUUCUGAUUACAAAAUCAAUUUGUUUUAAAAUAUGCCGACUUGAAUGAUAAUGAUUAAACGCAGUUUUACACCCCUGACUGAAAGCUAGA